UAAGGCUUCGAAACCAAGACGUUAUAUGGUCGUGCGUGCUGUUCUGCAGUAUUUUCUUGUCGAUAUGAGGGGUUUACGAAUACUUUAUAAAUUGGUUUGGAUCUGCUUCAUAAUAUUCUCGCAAAGAAGAUUCGGGCUAUUUAUUUAGGCUGAGUAUUCUUGAUGUUUUAGUAGAAACGUUCUUGGAUUUGAAACAUAAACUGUUCAGGAAUACGUACCAAAAUGACGAUUUCACGUUUGACAAGCGGUUUGAAAUCUCCGUGGAGAGUACUCUUAUUCGUCUUUCCUUGGACAGCAUGUCUGUUGACGUUAGCCCUUCAAGAACACUCGGUUGGAUAUACCAGGGAGAUGGAACCCAACAAAUGUCGUCUGGAGAACAAGACUGAUGGAAUCAAAGCUUUCUGCUCUAACCUGAGACUGAAGUCGAUUCCACAGGAUCUACCACCAAACACAACCACAUUGAUUGCGUCUGACAACAUCAUGCAACUCCUACAGAAUGAUUCCUUUGUGAACCUUACGCGGCUCGUGUCACUAAAUGUAGGAUCAAACCAAAUUUCUCAUCUAGAUACUAAAACAUUUUUGCCUCUCUCCAAUCUGCGAGUCUUGGAUAUGGCAGGGAAUAGGCUUACCAACCUGUCAGAUGGUAUAUUUGAUUCAAAUCCUCUUCUAUCACUCUUGAUACUCUCUUCAAACUGUUUUUUAUCCGUGCCCUCUGGUGCAAUGGCAACACUUCAUCAACUACAAAUGGUAUCUCUUGAUCAUAAUAAUAUUCAGAAAGUUGACUUCACAGCUUUUCGUCAUCUAAAGAACCUAUCGGCCAUUAAUUUGAAAGGGAAUGACAUUUCUUCUCUUCAAGCCUCUGAUUUUGAACCCCUUCAGAAUUCCUCCCUAAAUUACAUCAAUUUGGCAGACAAUAAGUUACGGAGUCUUCCAAAUGAGACGUUCUCAUUCCUGUACAAAGUGAGAGUCCUUGAUCUACACAAAAACAAUUUCCUGGCAUUUCGCGUGAGCUCCUUUCUUGGUAGUGUUAAUAUCAGUGAGUUGUCAGUGUCAUAUAGUGGGAUUCGAAGUAUUGUUCCUCUCAAUGCCUCUAGUCUCCGCAACAAGACGACCCCUGCCAUAGAUUAUGUUGAAAUGAGUUAUAAUGAAAUUUAUGAUAUUCCGCAGAAUGCCUUUAGAGGUUUCAGUCAAACCAGAACCCUUAAUAUUGCAAAAAACCGGAUUAGAACCAUGACUUACGAUUCUUUCUGUGGAAUUGAUUCCUUGAUGUACUUGGACAUAUCUGCAAACCGAAUAAAAUCCUUACCCUCUGGCAUGUUUCGGUGUAACCCCCGACUGCAAGUACUGAACGUUGCGUACAAUGAAAUCUUGAUUGUGAAUCCUGUGGCUUUCCGAGGACUGUCGGUCCUUAGCAAGCUUGACCUUUCUUACAAUCUCAUUCGUCAUAUAGAUGAACGCCAUCAUUGGAAUAACACUGCACUUCGAGUUCUUGACAUCUCCCACAAUCUGUUUGCCCGGAUCAACGAAAAGCUUUUCAGUGGGUGUUUAGCAAACCUCACAGUUUUGAACAUAUCCUACAAUGUAAUAGAGAGGUUCUCAGCACACACUUUCGACAAUCUCUCAUCCCUUCAAGAGCUUUAUCUCACUGACAUGUCAACGAAUGUCGAAAUUCUAAACCAGGUGUUUAGCGGUCUGAAGAAUCUCAUCAAAUUGAAUAUAUCAUCCUCAAAAAUAGCAUCACUGGGCUCCAUAAAUCAGUUUACAAACACGACAUCUCUGAGGGAACUCAGUAUGCGCAAGAAUAACCUGAAGAGCCAAGAUCUGUUCGACAAUGUUAAUCAGUUAUCUCUCUUUGGUGGGCUGAUAUCUCUCAGAAAGCUUAACCUCAGAGAAAACUACUUAACGGGUUUAGAGCCAGGGGUUUUCAGUCCUCUAACCAAGCUUUCGUCGCUGGAUCUAUCUCAAGGAAACAUUGUCAUUUUGAAACCAGGUCUUUUCAAAGGCAUGACCUCUCUGAGAAGUUUGUACCUUGACAAUAACUGUAUCAUGACUACCUCUGCCAAUCUAUUUUCUGGAUUGGAUAAUCUUGGAUCCCUUUUCCUUCGAAACAAUAAGUUACGCAUUCUGGACAAAUACCUCUUUGGAGCGACUCCCAAUCUGCGUUAUCUCCAUCUAUCGAGCAAUAAACUGAGUCAGGUGCAGAGCGAUACAUUUUUUCCUACGAACAAAUCAUUAUUGAUAGACGUUUCGAAUAAUCCUUUCUCUUGCACCUGCGAGUUGAGCUGGUUUAGAAGUUGGCUCGACGAAAUCAACACAAGAUUUGUAAAUCCUGAUAAAACUCUGUGUUCAAAAACAUCCUUCAAAGCAGUGAUUGACAUGCCCAUCCUAUCAUUUGAUCCAGCUUAUUUCUGUGGCAUCAACAUCAUACUCAUAACCAGUUUAUUUUUCUUUGCUUGCAUCGUUAUUUAUGUCUGUGUGCUGGUUUAUCACAAAUGCUGGUGGCUCAAACACAAGUUUUUACUUCUCAAACUAGCAAUCGCUGGCUCUGGAAAGAUAAUGGAAGAUUUCAAGGAAGACAAUUAUGACUUUCAUCUCAACCUCAUGUUCCAUGAUGCGGAAGAGGGAUGGGUUGAUCGGGUCUUGAGACCUGUCCUGGAGAAGAGGUUUCCGCAUCUGCAGAACAUCAUCUACGGAGAUAGAGACCUCCGUGUGGAAAUGUUCUACAUCAAUGCAAUCUAUGAUGCCAUUGAGAACAGCUUCAAGACAGUCUUGUUGAUGAGCAACCGGUCUAUGUAUGAUAUCUGGUGUAUGACCAAGCUUCGUUUGGCGCUGGAGCACAUCAACGACACAGGACUGGACAAGGUCAUAUUAAUCUUUGUUGAGGACAUCGAGGAUGAUGACCUUCCCUAUCUUGUCACAUUGUUUCUGAGUAAGAACAACCCUCAUAUGUGGUGGACAGAUGAUGAAGAUGAACAGGAACUGUUUUGGGCUCAAUUUCAGAGAAGCAUGAGAGCAAAUAGGGCUAUAAUCAAUGCAAUCCCUCUUUAGAAAUCGAGCUGCUGAUCAUGUUAUUAAUUUCUGAAUUCAUUGCAGUAUAUAAAGUCUUUGUUUUGGCCUUGAUUAUAUUUAAAUGACAGUGGUAAAUGUUUAAAAAACUAAGACUAAUACCAUGUGAGAUACAUUAUCAAAUGGCUUUCACAGGGGUUUGUCUUAGGCCCAACUCUAUAUUCUACCUACAUAUAUAAUUUGCUACUAGUUACUGACUUCUUCAACUUCAUAUUAAUUGAACUCUUUAAAUUUUAAGGCAAAUUUUAAUUGCUU